CCGGCACAGCCAGGUGGUAAAGAAGUGGGCACUAGGGCAUCCUGCCAUCAUGGGGGCAGAGGAUCGCCCCCAGUGCUUCUUUGAUAUCGAAAUUAAUCGAGAACCAGUUGGUCGUAUCAUAUUUCAGCUUUUCUCUGAUGUAUGUCCAAGGACUUGCAAAAACUUCCUUUGUCUAUGCACAGGUGAAAAGGGAAUUGGGAAAACAACUGGAAAAAAGCUUUGCUACAAAGGUUCAACUUUCCACCGCGUGGUUAAAAGCUUCAUAAUUCAAGGCGGAGACUUUAGCGAAGGUAACGGAAAAGGAGGCGAAUCUAUUUACGGAGGAUACUUCAAAGAUGAAAACUUUAUUUUGAAACACGACCGAGCCUUUCUCUUGUCAAUGGCAAACAGAGGGAAACAUACGAAUGGUUCCCAGUUUUUCAUAACUACGAAGCCUGCUCCUCAUCUUGAUAGCGUCCAUGUCGUCUUUGGACUUGUCAUUUCUGGUUUUGAAGUCAUAGAACAAAUCGAAAAUCUGAAAACUGAUUCUGCCAGUAGGCCGUAUGCCGACGUGCGCGUCAUUGACUGUGGGGUCCUGGUUACCAAAUCGGCAAAGGAUGUGUUGGAGAAGAAGCGGAAAGCAUGGAGUCACUCAGAAGCUUCCAAUAGCUCCUCCAGCAGCACAUCCACGUCAUCGGAAUCGUCUUCCGACAGCGAAUAUGAAAAUGAGCGAAGCAGAAGGAGGAAGAGGAAGAGGAGGAACAAAGCUAAACAAUCCAGGAAACGAAGACGGGAAGAGAGGAAAAAAGAGGAAACAAAAAACAAACACAGGUCAGUCUUCCAUUCUGAUCGGAGCGAAACAAACGAAAAAUCAGCGGACCUGAGUGUGAAAAGGGAUAAACCGGUCGUCCGUCCGGAAGAAAUACCUCCCGUGCCGGAAAACAGAUUCCUGCUUAGAAGAGACGCACCCAUUAUAAAUACAGAGCCAGAUCUGAGAAACAUUGAUGCAGGACCCGCUUCGGGCAACCAGAAGCCGUCGGUGUCAAAAUCUGGAAGAAAAAUCAGAGGGAGAGGCACAAUAAGAUACCAUACGCCAUCUCGCUCGUGCACGGAAUCGGAUAACAAUGGAAGCAGUGAAACACCGCCCCACUGGAAGGAGGAAAUGCAGAGAUUGAGAACUUAUAGGGCGCCCAGCGGAGAAAAGUGGAGUAAAGGAGACAAGCUGAGCGACCCAGGACGGUGGGAUGAAAGAAGUCUAUCCCCGCGGUCUCGUUCUUGGUCCCACAAUGGCUUUUCAGACCUCAGUACCGCUCAGCAUGUCAGUCACCGGAAAAAACACCGGAAAGAGAAAAAAGUGAAGCACAAGAAGAAGGCCAAAAAGCAGAAGCACUUGAAGAAGCACAAACAAAUGAAAAAGAAACAGACUCCUUCCACUGAGUUAGAAUCCUCUCCUUCUUCUACCAGAAGGAAAAAAUCGUUGCGUGACCAGGAAAGAGCAUCGCGUUCUUCCUCCCUGACAUCUAAAGAUGAUUCUUCUAGAAGAGCCUGGUCCAAAUCCGACAGAGACAAGCGGAGCUCGGCCUCUCUCUCCAGCAGAGAUUCUCGCUCAUACUAUAAGUCUCGAUCCCAAACUCGGUCCGGGUCCAGAUCUUAUUCCCGAAGUUCUCAGUCGAGAAACACUCGCAUGUCCUCGCAGUCAAGGAGCCAGUCAAGAUCCAGUUCCACCUCGAAGCCGGUCAAAACAGUCUCCAACUCGCCCAAAAAUGUGGUGGCUCAUUUAAAGGAGUGCAAGCUGAUCUCCGUUGAACCGGUACGAACAGCGUUACCCCAAAACGAUAAACUCACUAUUCAGCCCGUGGUCGCCGAAAGCCUUCCAGUCAUCCCGCUGAGCGAUAGUCCCCCACCUUCCAGAUGGAAACCAGGGCAAAAACCGUGGAAACCAUCUUACGAGCGGCUUCAGGAAAUGAAAGCCAAGACCACUCAUCUACCACCUGCUCAGAUGAGUUACAGUUUAAUCAGCAUCAAAGACCCCGGCUCCUCCUCUUCCUAUCCUAAACAGCAAAAGAGCUCGGAGAGCGACCGGAGCCGUUACUCCAAAAUCCAGAGCAACAGAAGUUCAGGCAGCUGGUGGAAAUAUAGCAGCAGGACUUCACGAAGUCGGUCCUCCUCCAAGUCCUCCUCAAGAUCAAGAAGCCCAUCCAGUUCGAGAUCCCAAUCCACCGUGAGAUCCCGUUCGGGGAAUCCCUUCCCCAGCGACCAGUCGUGCUACAGCGGAUCCUCCUCUUACUUUUCGCUCAGCGAGGACGACCGGCAGAAAAGCCGGGCAAAAUUGGGAUCCCGUGAGAGAAAUUCCGAGCUGUCCAAGAAAAGGCAGAGCAGUUCGGAAAGCACGCUUCCCUACGUGAAAGGCGUGAGCUCAUUGAAGCCUAGGAGUGCAAGCAGAUCCUCCGUCGAGUCCUCGAUCGAUAGUGAAAAAUUGACUCCAUCCCAGCCCGCCCAAGAAAAAGAACAGCCGAGAUCUGAAAAAGUGGGCCGAAAGCAAAAUAAAAGAAGCUCGGGUUGCAACCAGCACGAAGAGAAACCUCGGCCUGGGCAGGAUAGCAACCGUUCCAAACAAAAAGUUUCGAAAGAGAAACCUGAGACUCUCAGAAGCAGCCGGAAAGCUAAAACGAAAAAGUGUGCGAGCGACGAGUGGGAUUCCGAAUCGAAUUCUGAAAGAGACGGGACCCAAGGCGAGAAAGAAAACUCGAGACUCUUGUCUGCAAAAGAGGAAGGCGAGGCCUCGUCGGACUCCGAUACGGAUCCCUGCCCGCCCAUCACACACAAGUCGAAAUCAGAACCCGUCCCAGAUACGUCGAAAGGGAACAAGCAUCCUUCCUCUUCAGACACGGAGACUUCCGAUUCCGGUGCGGGUUCCAGGGACAAAUCCCGGAAGCCGAAGCGAAGUUCCAAAAAGUCCUUCCGAAAAGUCCAUGGCAAAAAGGCGAAAGAAAAAUCCAAAAAUAAAAAGGAGAAGAAACACAAGGCCGAAAAACGUAAAGAGACAUUCCAUUGGCAGCCCCCCUUAGAGUUUGGAGAAGAGGAAGAGGAGGAGGAGGUCGUUGCCAGAAAACCUGGAACGAAAGAAGAACGAGAGAAACACGCCAAAAAGGAAGCAAAAGUCAAAAACAAAGACCAGGAUUCCAAAAGUGAUAAAACACUCAAAGACCAAGCGAAGGAUGAUCGGACGUCCCAUGAAGAACCUGCCCUCUCAAAGAGAGGAGCAAAUCAGGCCUCAUCCGCUAGUCAGUUGAAUAAACGCAGUGAGGAAAAAGCUAUUUCUUCAACUCCUGUACCAAAUUCAAAUAAAAGCGUCUCUGUUUCCAAAAAUCCCACCGCAGCUCAGGAGAAUAACAAAACCGGGCCGGAUGCCGUACAGAUAGACGAUAUGGAGAUCUGUACUCCGGACCAUAAUUCGCCCGUAAAAGUGAAUCUGGAACUUUCUCCAGUAAGCCUCAAAUUAAAUUUCCAAGACAUUAAAGCCAGCACAAGCUCCCGGGUGCCGAUUAGCACCGCAAGCCGGAACGUAAGACAAGCCGUUGAUGCGAAAGGGCUAACUAGCCUCCAAGAAGGAAACCAAGAGCGAGACCGGGAAAAACCGAAAGCCUCCACCAGCGUUGAAACCGUGGUGAAGAUGGAAGUUUCUGAAAGUAUAUCAAGCAGUCUCGGGGACAAUAAGUGGAAACCGCUACAGGGUGCUGGGAAUCUGCAGUUCACCGUAUCCGCCAGCAACAUUGUCGAAAUGAAAAACUUGGCUGCCGGCUCCUCGGAAUCCAAACCUCCGGGUUUAAGGAUCGAGAUUAAAAGUAAAAACAAGAUUAGGCCGGGCUCCCUGUUUGAUGAAGUCAGGAAGACGGCGCGUCUGAAUCGGAGGCCACGGAACCACGAGAGCUCGAGUGAGGAAGAUUCUGCGACCCCAGAGGACAGCCAGUCCAGAAGUCGGAGUCGCUCACGGAGCAAAUCGGAUGUUAAAUCCAGGCACCGGACAAGAUCUCUGUCUUACAGUCACUCACGAAGCCAGUCGAGGAGCUCCACGUACUCAUAUAGAUCCCGGAGCUACUCGAGAAGUCGGAGCAGAGGGUGGUACAGUCGUGGUCGCUCAAGAACCCGAAGUAGCUCUUACAACAGUUGCAGAAGUGAUAGUCACACUUACAGUCGGAGCAGAUCCAGAAGUAAUUCUUACACUCACCGGAGUCGGUCAAGCAGAUCCUACACAUAUGACAGUUACUACAGCCGGAGUCGUAGCCGUAGCAGAAGAAGUGACAGUUACCACCGCUCUCGUAGCUACGACCGACGUUCCAGAUCUUACGGUUCCGACAGCGAAAGUGACCGCAGCUAUUCUAAUUGCCGAAGUCCCAGUGAAAGCAGCAGAUACAGCUGAGAGCCCGACCGGUUGAGCAUAGCGAAUUAUAAUUAACAGAAAGUUUUUGUGUCCGUAGCCUGCAUCGAGGUUUUGUUUUUUCGUUUUCUUCUCAAUGUCUACGUAAAACUUAAUCGCUGCCAACAAAGGCAGAGCCUUAUUUAAACUUAACACAACCUUUUUUGUACACUCUUAUUGUGGCGAUCAUUUUGUGUUGCCCGGAGUUCCGUUUCAAAACUAUAGAUGAUAACGGUUGACGUGCAAUCUUAAGCCCGGUCGUUGUUUUUCCGAAGGAAAUUUGCUUGGUAACCAUGAAACUGUGAAGAAUCAUAGGAAUCUCACCUGCAGUCUACCUGCUUCAAACAUUGCCCUUAAAUGCCAAAAUAAUGGUUCGUUGAUAUCUUGACACCCCAGAAAACGGUGACACUACAGAUCCAGGAAGAUCUUGGAUCUGUAAUGUUCAGGAAGAUCCCGAAAGUUCCUAACUUAAAGAGAUCAUUCACCACUACAGUUUGAAUUCUGGGAGUUAGAUUCAUCCCUUGCCUGGAAAAUGUCAUGUAUAUUUGGAUUCCAGGAGUUAAAACUGGUUACCAUCCUGUUUCUUAAUCAGUUUUACCUAAUACACCCUUGCAGGUGUAAUCCAGGUGCCGAUAGUUAACUUUGGUGUCUGAACUCCAAGCGAUGCUAGACCACAUUGAGUCUCCGUUCUCUAUCCAGUGAAGAAGCAAGAACAAUGUUCUCCUUGUUUCUGACAUUAGCUGUGUUGGCUUUUCCCAUGGUCUUCUGACUCUGGAUUUUCAUCAUGUCUGGAUGUGCUAACAUUUCUAACUUUCUACUAUCGCUGUCAGAUCUGCAAGUCUGCUGAUGAGUAUUGGCAAAGAUAGCAAGCUGUAAAUUUAUUUCAGAGAACUAACUUUCAGGAACAAUCAAAUUUUGUUCCCGGGUUUAGAUUCAGCAGGUAAAAAUUCAUUUUGAAAUCGAAAUGUCGGGAUCUACACAAAAUUUUCAUAUUGGAUAAUUAACUUUUUUUUUUAAACAGCAGAAAUAACACUCUGUUAUUUAGUGGUCCAGGGAUAUGCCGACUCUUUAUUAUCUGUUAAUGCCGAUCCUGAAUUUGUUAAAUUUCUACGAUGCCAAAAUGCUGCGUAUUUCGUAACAGGGUGGCGCAGAGCAUUUUCCUUGGACCUGCUUCAGCCCCCAAAUUUGUGACUUGAGUUUGAGGUUGCCAUUUUGAAUUCACGGGGAAAAAGACCACACACAAAUUUUCAAAGCAGCCCGUUUCAUUUUCAAAACAGUUUGAAGGAUUUCUUAGACUCCCCGUUUCAACUUUUUAUUAGGAGCCAAAAUGUACAGUUGAAAUGAUCUUUUUUUUUCCCUUUGAUGCAAUUAAAAAUACGAAUCACUUAAG